AUGGAGCUCAGGGACCCCGAGAACCAGGAGGAUGGGGACCCGGAGAUGGCAGUGGGCAGGGUCGCUGAGACAGUCACCCAUAACCCCGCCAGGACACAAAAACAGGUGGCCCGAGGGCGGACUCACCCCCUCCCCACCUCUGUCCCUCUCCUGCAGGAGGACACAGCCACGGCCCUCCAGAGGCUCGUGGAGCUGACGGCCACCAGGGUGACCCCAGUGAGGAGUCUGCGUGUCCAGUAUCACCUCAUCCGAAAGCUUGGCUCCGGCUCCUUCGGCCAUGUGCUCCUUGCCCGGCCUCGCCAAGGGGGUCCGGCUGUGGCUCUGAAGCUCCUACCUCGGGACUCGGUCCUGAGAACCACCUUCCUGAGAGAGUUCUGUGUGGGCCGCUGUGUCUCAUCACAUCCAGGCCUGCUCCAGACCCUGGCAGGACCCCUGGAGACGCCCCGACACUUCGCCUUGGCCCAGGAGUAUGCGCCCUGUGGGGAUCUCAGCGGGAUGCUGCAGGAACGGGGCCUCCCAGAGCUGCAGGUGAAGCGGGUGGUGGCCCAGCUAGCUGGAGCCCUGGACUUCCUCCAUGGCCGGGGGCUGGUCCAUGCGGACGUCAAGCCAGACAACGUGCUGGUCUUCGACCCUGUCUGCAGCCGUGUGGCCCUGGGUGACCUGGGUCUGACCCGGCCUGAGGGCAGUCCAACCUCUGCCCCGCCAGGGCCACUGCCCUCCGCCCCACCCGAGCUCUGCCUCCUGCUGCCCCCUGACACCCUGCCCCUGCGACCAGCAGUGGACUCCUGGGGGCUGGGGGUGCUUCUCUUCUGUGCGGCCAUGGCCUGUUUCCCUUGGGAUGCGGCGCUAGCCCCUGACCCUGGGUUCGAGGCCUUUGCUGGCUGGAUGACCACCAGGCCCCAGCCACUUCAACCACCGCCCCCUUGGGACCAGUUUGCGCCCCCGGCUCUGGUACUGCUCCAGGGGCUUCUGGACCUGAAUCAAGAGACUAGGAUCCCCCCACUGGCUGUCCUGGGCUUCCUGGGGGAUGAUUGGGGGUUAAAGGAGAACAAAGAGAGACCUGGGGGCUUGGGGAGUGUGUCCAGUGAAGACGGGGAGGAGGAAGAGGGGGGAGCAAGCCUGGAAGAGUGGUCAGAGGGGGAGGAGAAUGACGACAAUGAUGGUGGGAGGUGCGGACAGAUGGGGGACAGCCCUGACCAGCUGACUGGGACAAGCGCCCAGAGCUUGGGCCAAAGGCCUCUCCCCCAGCCCCCAUGGCCACCUGGAUGGAGAGACAGCUGCUCCCGGGAGGACAGAGAUGGAACACAUUGCAUCUCUCCCAACUGA